AUGACUAUUUCAAACGUUUUCUUUUCUGGGUUGACCAUCGGCAGGGGCUCACCCGGAGUUCAGACACGGCUUCUCCGGUUCCAUGAGGGACGGCGUACGAGGCGUGGGGUGGAGAUUACCUUCAUUGAUCUGCUACUAAUCGAUGGAAACGGGACCAUUAUGCCAGCAAAAAUCAAUCAUGAUCGUCUUCCAUCCUUCAGGCCUAUGCUCACCGCUGGGUUGAUGUAUUAUCUUACUGGGUUUGACGUGGCCCCGUGUGCUCAGAAGUUCAUGCUUACUGACUCCUUCCUGGUCAUUCGUUUCAAUGCGUCGACGUGUUUCUAUGAGUUAACCAACCCGUCGCAAACAGUUCCUGAAGAAGCUUUCCGCUUCUGUAAUGCAGCUGAGUUGGGUCUACUAGCUAACACAAACCGUCGGCUCCCGGAUAUUGUCGGUGAGAUAACCGGUGUGAGGAGUACCGUCAAAGAGCCGCUGAAAGGCAAAAACCACGUCAUGGUGACAGUGAAGAUGGAUAAGUUACUCUUACUCCUAACGACUUCAUUUAUAUAUUCUGUUAUAUUAAGUCUUUUCGACUCUGGAGCAAUCUCAUUCCACAGAAGUCUUGAAUCCAUGAGUCUUGGUCCAAGAGUGGUUGUUGCAACAAACGUAUGUCCGAGAAUUGUUGGAGGUAGUGAUUUUCUAGUGAUAUUACGUUCCUUCAUUAUAAUGCGAAACAUUUCCAAAUGUGUAUGUAGUUUGAACGCUAGGGGGGCUGGUCUCGCAUUAACGAAGCUGUUACUAGGAGAGGUUCCAGAAGUUGAGCAACUGACAAUAGCUGAGGCCAACAGCUUCGCAGUCCUCCAUCCCUCUGAGGAAACUGAGUUUUUGUGCAUAGGUAGAGUCACUCGGAUCAACUCUGAGAAAGGGUGGUCCUAUGUAGCUUGCUCUAGAUGUAGCAGGGAACUCCAGCGCACUAAUUGUAGUUUCACAUGUAUGCGAUACGAGAAUACUAAUGCUGCUGGUGCUCUACGCUACCGAGUAGAGCUUUCGGUCGCUGAUAUCACUGGUGAAGGUUUUUUUUUAUGUUUUGAUGGUGUUAUGACCAAGUUGCAUAGGGUCGGAGCAUGUGAGGCUGGUCAGGAAUUGGUUGGCAAUGGUGUGAACCCCAAGGAUUAUCCGAUGCCUCUGUUUAUUACACGCAUGGAAGGAAAGAUUUACGCUUUCCACGUCAGGCUUUGCGUGACAAUGGUGGAUGAUGAUAAAGUUUCCAAUAACUUUUCUUUACUUCCUGAUCUCAAUGAUGAUUCCUCGACCCCUUUCAAUAACAGUAUGGAAUUCGAUUCAUCUAUUCUUGAUCUCUUAAACUUGGAAGAUGGACGAAAGACACCAAAUCUCUUACCAGACCACAAUCCAUUUCUUGAAUCUGUGCAUGCUCCACCUCAAGAAGAUCAACAUUUGUUUGUUGAAGCAGAGUCUCCAAAGGUUUACAUUGCGCCAAGGGUCAUGAUAAACCAUGAGGACUCGUUUCCUCUAGACUCUCAAACCGACAUCAUAGAAGAUGCAAGGAUUAGUUUACCGGAGUCACCUAGAGGAAGCCAAGAUGUCGGUCUCACACGUCUUAAAGUUCCUGGUUCACCAAGAGCUUUUGUGCAUCCGAGAACUUCUGGAUCCCCACGUUUUGGAUCACCCACGAGUCCUGUUUUGAUCGAUACGACUGCACCAUUCGAAUCCGUCAAGGAUGCAGUUUCCAAGUUUGGUGGGAUCACAGAUUGGAAAGCAAAUAAAAUUCAGACAAUAGAGAGACGAAAGACGGUGGAUCAAGAUCUUGAGAAGAUACAGGAGGAUAUGCCUGAGUACAAGAAACAAGCGGUAGUAGCAGAAGAGGCUAAGGAGCAGGUGGUGAUGGAGCUUGAGAGGACCAGGAGUAUUGUCGAAGAGCUAAAACUUGAGCUAGAAAAGGCCGAGCUAGAGGAGAAACAAGCGAAACAAGACUCUGAUCUUGCGAAGCUGCGUGUGGAGGAAAUGGAGCAAGGGAUAGCUGAGGAGUCGAGCAUAGCAGCCAAAACACAGCUCGAGGUGGCUCAAGCGAGGCAUUUGUCAGCGGUUUCUGAGCUAGGAAACUUAAGAGAGGAGAUAGAAAUGGUCAGUAAUGAGUAUGAAUCUCUGUUGAAAGAAAAAGAGUUGGCAGAGAAGAGAGCAGAGGACUCUGUUUUGGAAGCAAAAGAUGUAGAGAAACAAAUGACAAGUUUGGCAAUAGAUGUGAUUGCCACUAAGCAGUUAUUAGAAUCAGCUCAAGCGGCUCAUCUCGAAGCUGAAGAGAAGAACUUUGAUGCUGCCAUGGCUCGGGACCAGGACCUUUAUAACCGCGAAAAGGAGCUGAAAAUGGUGGAAGAGGAGAUCGAGAGGCUUAGACAAGAGAUUCAUGCGGCAGAUGAUGUGAAAAUCAAACUAGAGACUGCUUCUAUACUUCAGCAAGACCUGAGGGCCGAGAUACCAGCUUACAAAGACUCAAACGAUAAGAGAAACAACAGUGACAUCCAAGCAGCGGUUGAUUCCGCCAGGAAGGAGCUUGAAGAAGUUAAAUCCAACAUCGAGAAAGCAAAUUCUGAGGUGAAAACUUUGAAGAUAAUUGUUGGAUCAUUACAGUCUGAACUUGAAAGAGAGAAGAAAGAUCUCUCUGAAACCAAACAUAGAGAAGCUCUUUCAGUUCAGAGAAACAGUGAAAAAUCAAGAGAGGAGAGAUCCGCAGAAAUAGCCAAGAAGUUGCAAGAAGCGAACAAGGAAGUAGAGGAGGCAAAGUCACUUGCCUUAGCUGCUCGAGAGGCGCUGAGAAAGGCGAAGGAAGAGUCAGAUGAAGCGAGGACAGGAGUCUCUGCAAUAGAAAGUCAGUUAACUGAGGCGAAAAGGGAAAUGGAAGCUGCAAAAGCUUCUGAGAAGUUGGCCUUGGCUGCGAUAAAAGCAUUGCAGGAGACUGAAUGUUGUAAGAAUAUUGAAGACGUUAGUAGUUCACCAAGAAACAUAAUAAUAUCAGUGGAGGAGUAUUAUGAGCUAAGCAAGAAGGCGCAUGAGGUAGAGGAAGCAGCAAACAGAAAAUUAGCAGAGAUAGUCUCUCAGAUCGAGGCGGCUAAGGAAGAGGAAUCAAGAGUCUUGGAAAAGCUUGAGGAAGUGAAUAGAGAAACAGCUUUACAAAAAGAAAAGCUAAAAGAAGCAAUGGGGAAUGUAGAGAAGGCCAGAGAUGUGAAGGUUGGUAUGGAUCACGAGUUGCGAAAAUGGAGUUCAGAGAACGGGACAAAGAGCCCCAAGACUAGUCCAGAGGGUGGGGAAAAGGAGAAUCAUGACUUAGGCAAGUCGAAAUCGGCUUUACAUUCAGCAAAAUCAUUUGCAUUUGGUGAACAAGGAAGCAACAAUGUUGGAGAUAGUAGUAAUGUGGCACCUGAAACAAAGAAGAAAAAGAAGAAGUUUUCUUUGCUACCAAAAGUCUUCAUGUUCUUGUCAAGAAAGAAAUCGAAUAAGUGA